UCUGAUUAUGAAUAUGUACUAGACGAAUGCGGCCAUGUUCAAACCAUUGCGCCAGGAUAAUAACCAUUUUCCUUAAUGCAUAUUUUCAAGGAUGUAUGUUGAACGUCCAAAGAACUUGAAAAUUGAAAAACGUAAUGAAUUGAUUGGAUUAUUUUGGAUUGAAACAAUGUAAGCACAUCUUUGUGUUGGAAACGCACCUACUCAAUUAAGAUCGACAAUCGAGCAUGUUUGCCACUAGAAAUUCAGGCAAGCCCGAGUUCCUACUGUAUUAUGGACGCUCGCUCCCCUUGCAGCCUCCCCGGGACUUUAUUUACAAUAACUAUGCGCAGAACGGCCUGGCUUUACCCGGAUACCAACCUCGCAAAGAACAGCAUCAUUAUCACCAACGUCGUAGCCGGGAAAGGAGCCGAAGCAACCACCGCCGUCGACGGUCACGUGAACGUCGAAUGGAGAACGAGGAACGGACCAGUCGUGAUUCACUUGGAAUUUCGUCCGGCAGAAGUGGACGAGGUAAAAUGACCACGGGCUGCCAACAGUUUCUGAAAUAUGCGAACUUACUUUUCACAUUUAUUGUAUUCAUUGCAGGCGCGGGUAUUCUCGGACUUGGCAUCUACAUCCUCGGUUCCGACUAUGGCGCCCAGCAGGUCUCCGAGGCGCUUGGUGACGAUCUUUAUCUCAUAGCCGCUUAUGUGCUCAUCGCUUCCGGUGGCGUCCUCGUCAUCGUGUCCAUGUGUGGAUGCUGCGGCGCGCUUCGGGAGAGUCGGAUAAUGCUAGGAAUUUUUAUAUUCUCUGUAUCGAUACUGGUGCUAGCGUUGGUAGCUGCCGCAGUCAUGGUGUUCGUAUUCAGGCAAAAGAUGGAAGGGGACAUAAUCCACUCGAUGGAAAAUGUGUUGAUAGACAAAUACGGAGUGGACCUCGCCCAUCACUCAGACAACCGUAUGGCUACGGACUGGUGGAACUGGCUACAGAGGGAGCUGAAGUGUUGCGGUGUUACUGGUGGAGUAAACAGCACGACGUCGUGGGCCAUCUACCGGCACACCACAUGGUACAAGGGAUUCGAGACAGGAAAGCCGUACGUCCCUCAGAGCUGCUGUGAUCCCGAGGGCGACCUUAACGAGUGCACGGGGAUCUCGGACUUUAAUGGCCCGCCGGCUCGAGGCCCUCCGUUCACUGCCUCUAUGGACUCAAACCCCAACCUCUUCACUACGGGAUGCUAUGACGAGUUGGUUCACUACAUUCAAAACCACGCCAUCAUGAUCGGCGUCGCCGCCAUUGCUGUUGUUAUUAUCAUGCUGUUCGGGUUAUUCUUUGCCGUGUUCAUGUGUAGACGGGUGGAGCCAGAGCACUCCAUUUACUAAACCAAACAUGCGCAGGUGGACAAAGAGGAGGAAUGGCAGUCUCAUAUAGAAACGUAAAGUGACCACCCGAAUGUUCACCAAAUGUGUCCACUUAACGUUUCUUUAACAAACGAAUAAUAAAAUAUGAACGCCGGAGAGUUUAAAACAUUUUUCGGGUCGCGGUACAUUUUUCGGGUCGUAGGUAUUUCUGUGAGCCGAUCAUGAAUCGACAUACAAACUAUUCAUCGUUGCCUAUGCCACUCUACAUAUUCUUAUAAAAAUCUUAAGUAUCUAUAAUAAGAAAGCAAACACUAUUUAAUUGUAUAUAGUAUAAAAUAUCAACGUUGAGCAUUUGUACGUUUUUAAUUUGAAAGAACUAUUACGAAAUCUCAUAUAAUUAUUUAGUUGAUAACAUUGAUCUUCUUUUUUUACUAUUAUUUUGUUCAUUUGUAAUAAUCACAUGUACGCAAGCAUGUAAUGUUUCUUGAGUAUAAAUCAAUCUUGAAUCUUUACUAUUAGAUCGAUGUCAUGUGUCAGAAAAAAUGAUUCCAUUAGAAGCAUUGGGGGGAAACUGUCUUGCUCACUGUACGAAUUAAGAAACAGUUGUAUGCGGUAUAAGGGACACAGUAUAUAUUAUUUCCUUGCACUAUUAUAGAUCCUCUACUAUAUUGAGCUCUGACGACAAGAAUUUACUUUUCUUGAAUAUGCCAUGUUGUUCGUAAUACUACCGUAUUCUACAUAAAUUCCACAAAUAUAUCACAUGUGCGCAAAUAUUUCUUGAACAUUUGCAAAUUUUUACUAAGAUAUUUAUGUGUUAUAAGUGUCCGAAGUGUUCGUGAACAUACAGUGUAUGUAUUUGUAAAGUGUCACUGUAUGUUGUAUGUUACAAUGA